AUGUCUACUUCCCGAUCUGCAGAAGAAACCUCCCAGGUGGCAAUUGCUUUUUUGGACAGUGAUGAUGAUGAGGGCAAGGCCCCAUUAUCCUUCAAGAGGGCAAAUACGACUGUCAGUACUAUGAAAGACAUACCUUCCAUUGCGAAUCCUGAUAUUUUCGGCAACAUUGGUGACGAUGCCCCAUUAUCCUUUAGGAGGGCUGGUGAAGAACAUGGGCCCCAGUUAUCCUUCAAGAGGGCAAGUACCUCUGUACUGAAGAACAAGCGCUCAUUUGUGAAUCCUGAUAUUUUCGGCAACAUUGGUGACAAUGCCCCAUUAUCCUUUAGGAGGGAUGGUGAAGAACACGGGCCCCGGUUAUCCUUCAAGAGGGCAAUUACCUCUGUCAAGAACAGGCACUCAUUUGUGAAUCCUGAUAUUUGUGCCCCUUUAUCCUUCAGGAGUGCUGGUGAAGAACAUGGGCCCUUGUUAUCCUUCGAGAGGGCCCCAUUAUCGUUCAGGAGGGCAACUACCUCUGUGAAGAACACGCCCUCGGUUACAAAUCCUGUUAUUGACAAUGAUGAUGACGAGGCCCCAGUACUUUCCUUCGAGCAAAAAAGUGAAGAUCAUGCCAAAUCAGGGAGUGGAAAUGGUGGAUCACAAUGUGGAAGACCCAAUAAGAAAUAUAAGGGAACCACAUCGAUACCAAGCACUGAAGAAACCAUGGAACAGAAAGCGUCAAAUAAAGGACAACAAUACUCAAUCUCAAGGUGCAUGGAGGUGUUGCAUGGCAUGGAUGAUGUAUCCGACGAGAUCAAGAUGUGCAUCAGGGCAAUCCUUCCAUUAUUAUGUGAUAUGACUGUUGAGGUGUUGAUGCUGCUCAUAACUGAUAGAGUGCAGGAGCAUGCUGUCAAUCUCAAGCGCUUUGUGGCUCAUGAGUUAAAGUCUUCGUGUGAAUGUGGAACUGAUUAG